AUGGCGGCCGAGGACGCGGGGGGGCGUGCCCCGGGGACUUCCCGGAGGAGGUGGCACAGGAAAAGCGGGUCCCAGGGGCCCACCUCGGUCCCCGAGCCCGGGGAGGAGACGCCCUUCUUCCCCUUCUCCCUGCUGGAUUGGGGCAAGGAUGCUCCUGGAGUCGGUUUUGCGGGCCCAGCUGUCUGGGGAGCGUGGGACAGCUGUGGGUCCCCCCACUCCGCCCGGCACCGGCUCUCCCCGCACGGGCUGAACGAGCUGGGUGGAUGGCCUGGUCCCGGUACUGUGGCCCCCGCAAAGAAGGCUGGUGAGAAGAAGAAAGGCCGUUCUGUCAUCAGCGAAGUGGUGACCAGAGAGGCCACCAUCAACAUUCACAAGCGCAUCUGUGGAGUGGGAUUUAAGAAGCGCGCUCCUCGGGCACUAAAGGAGAUCCGGAAAUUUGCCAUGAAGGAGAUGGGAACACCUGAUGUUCGCAUCGACACCAGGCUUAACAAAGCUAGUUUCCUGUCGUUUGUGACCAUUGAGCAGAUUCAGGCGCAUGACCACCCCGUGUGUGCAGAGUACCACGUUGUGCACGGCAGUUUCAAGGCUGUGUCCUUCAGCUUGUUGGGCCUGACUUUCCAAGUGCCGCUGGAUGGGACGGUGGCCGCCGAGGUGCGGAAGCAGGUGUCCCGGGAGCGCAGCGGAUCCCCACAGUCCAGCAGGCGCUGCAGCAGCAUCCUGGGGGUAUGUAUCAGGGUACCCCCUGACAAGGGUAGGACCCCCGGCAGCUAUGUUCUGGAAGCUGAGGCGAGCACGGUCUCACCCCUACCUGAUGUCCCCCAAUUCCCAGCCCAGAGCAGAGGUUCCAGCGACUUUGUUCUGACCCAGGUCCCACUAACUGAAGUCAUCGAGCCCCUGGACUUUGAAGACGUGCUCCUGAGCCGACCUCUGGAUGCCGAGCCCGGGCCCCUGCUGGACCUGGUGGACUUCCCAGCCGAUGACCUGGAGCUGGUGCUGCAGCCCCGGGAGUGCCGAACCACAGAGCCCGGGACCCCCAAAGAUGAGUGGGUGCCGCCCCCCCUGCCUCCAUGCCCCCAUCACUACAGCCUUUACACCCGGCAACAGAACCCCGAGUUCAUCUCCAGGCCUGGCUCUGCCACCUUGACCAGGUCCCCUUGUCUCUACACGUCCAUCUCCCCGUCACUUACCGCUGAGAGGACCAAUCCCAGAAAGCUGGACGCCCAGGCGAGGGCCGCGGUGGAGAUGUACACCGAGGACUGGGUCAUCGUCCACAGGAGGUACCAGCAUCUGAGUGCGGCAUACAGCCCCAUCACCGCAGAGACGCAGCGGGAGCGGCAGAAGGGCCUCACCCGCCAGGUCUUCGAGCAGGACAUUUCCGGGGAUGAGAAGACUGGCCCUGAGGAUGCGGAGGAUCCCCGGCGCAGUUCGAGUUCCCCUGAUGACACCCCGCGAAGCAGCGGGGCCUCCGGCAUCUUCGACCUGAGGAACCUGGCAGCCGACUCCCUGUUGCCCUCCCUGCUGGAGCGUUCGGCCCCUGAGGACGUGGACCGGCGCAACGAGGCCCUGAGGCGACAGCACCGGGCCAGCACCCUGCUCACCCUCUACCCAGCACCCGAUGAGGAUGAGGCCGUGGAACGCUGCAGCCGCCCGGAGCCACCCCGAGAGCACUUUGGACAGAGGAUCCUGGUCAAGUGUCUGUCACUCAAGUUCGAGAUUGAAAUUGAGCCCAUCUUUGGGAUCUUGGCCCUGUAUGAUGUACGUGAGAAAAAGAAGAUCUCAGAGAACUUCUACUUUGACCUGAACUCGGACUCCACAAAGGCGCUGCUGCGGGCGCACGGCACCCACCCUGCCAUCUCCACGCUGGCCCGCUCGGCCAUCUUCUCUGUGACCUACCCCUCACCUGACAUCUUUCUGGUCAUCAAGCUGGAGAAGGUGCUACAGCAAGGUGACAUCAGUGAGUGUUGCGAGCCCUACAUGGUGCUGAAGGAGGCAGACACGGCCAAAAACAAAGAGAAGCUGGAGAAGCUGCGUCUGGCGGCCGAGCAGUUCUGCACCCGCCUGGGCCGCUACCGCAUGCCCUUUGCCUGGACAGCCGUGCACCUGGCCAACAUCGUGAGCAGCGCCGGGCAGCCGGACCGGGACUCGGACUCCGAGGGCGAGCGACGACCUGCCUGGACUGACCGCCGCCGCCGGGGGCCCCAGGACCGAGCGAGCAGCGGGGACGAUGCCUGCAGCUUCUCUGGCUUCCGCCCAGCCACACUGACCGUCACCAACUUCUUUAAGCAGGAGGCCGAGCGGCUCAGCGAUGAGGACCUCUUCAAGUUCCUAGCGGAUAUGCGGCGCCCCUCCUCCCUGCUUCGUCGUCUGCGGCCAGUGACUGCCCAGCUCAAGAUUGACAUCUCCCCGGCCCCCGAGAACCCCCACUUCUGCCUCUCCCCGGAGCUGCUGCACAUCAAACCCUACCCGGAUCCCCGGGGCCGGCCCACCAAGGAGAUCCUGGAGUUCCCUGCCCGGGAGGUCUACGCCCCCCACACCAGCUACAGGUAG